AUGGGUUUAAAUGAUGUGAAAAAAUGUAGAUUCAGUCAUAGGUUGUACAUUGAUAAGGAAGGCAAUAUUAUAUACGAAUAUGUUGGACAUAGGUCAACAUAUUUUCAGGAGCUUUGGUGUCUGGCGACUGUAGAUGGUGGGGAAUGCAAGGAGACGUUUGAUACUUAUGAUGAUUUCGAGGAACACUUUUGUCAGAAACACCUUGAUUUGGCGUUGUUUGCCUGUGGUGCUAGGGGAUGCACAGCUCAGUUUGGAACUGUAUUGCAGAUUUUCCGUCAUUUAGCGAUUUGCAAGCGUCGAGGCAAAAAGAUAAAAUUGCUAAAAUGUUCGGAGAACGCUUUGGAAAGUUUGACAGUGCUGGACCGAGCAAAGUUGUUGGCAGUGCAGUGUUGUGUUAAAAGAGCCAAACGAGAAAGUGAAUUAACUGAAGUUAAUGGUGGUGUUACAAGUGUAGAGUCGGAUGUUCAGUGCUCACUCGAUGGAAUGGGCUUUCAUAAUUCUCUGGAUGAUGACCAGAUUCAUGUAUCCAUAAUAAGAUCGCCUGAAAUUCAUCAGAUGGAAGAUAUUGAAUCUGGACCAAAAGCAAUAAGAAGGAAACGUGCCGUUACACCAGCAAGACAAGCAGCAUGGCGGCUAAAAGAACAAAUGCUUUUGGAACAGGAAAUGAAAAAGAAGAAUAAACCACCUGAAAAGACCACUAAAGAUACCCAAAAGAAACAAAAGAAAUUGCCGGUGAAAAUAACUGAUAAAACUCGUAUUUCAGCUCUCAUUAAUGAUGAUCCGAAAAUGAAACGUACACCAAGUUAUCCUCAAACGGAAUCUGGUCCGUCUCGAAAUUCUGCUUUCGGGACAGUGAAUUCGAAUAUGUUUUUCGAAUCGACAAAGCAUAUUGUGUCUACUGAAAGUAGACCAAAAUUGCUACUGGAUAAGACUCAAGACCCAAUGUCGGCGACUCAGAAACAACCAAAAGUCUUUCGAAGUAGCCUUCCAGCUGGUCCUAAUAAUUCCUCAAAAAUUCAUGAUGUGUCUUGUGGACAGUUAUCCCCACUUGAUCUUACCGUUACUCGACCUCCAGAUUAUUCAGGGUUUUUAAGAAAUCCUGUGAUAAAUCCGAUACUUCAUGAAAGACCUCUUCCUGUGUCUUUUAUUCCACCUCAAUCGGCUUCUUCAUUUAUUCAAACAUCGGAUGGUUGUCAAAAUAAUUUUAAAACUAAUCGUACACUCACGAAGACCAAUCUGAUAUCACAACCAAGAAUGUUUUCUACUUCUGAGGUCGACGUACAGCAGAAACGUAGUUAUAUGAAGCCGCGUGGAAUCCUGCGAACUAGAGAGCACGCACUUCAAAAUACGGCAAAAACUGUAGGACAGACCGGUCAAAUGGAUCUCGAUAUCUUAAGUUUGUUUUCUAAAAGGCUGAAAGAUAGCAAGACGCUUGAGCAUGUGGAGGUAAGCACGCUGCAGGUAAAACAAUCUGAGAAACCAGGUGAUGCUAUGUUUUAA